GGGGGGGGGGGGGGCAGCCCCGCGGCGCGGCGCUUCCGCGACCCCCUCGUGCUGCUGGGGCUGGGGGCUGAGGACGAGGACGAGGGGGGGCCCGACUCUUUCCCCCGCCCCCCCUGGGCCCCCUUCGUGGCCCACUACGACGUGCAGAGCCUCCUCUUCGACCCCAGCGAGGCCCCCCCCGCCCCCCCGGACCCCCCGGGCACCUCGGGGGCUUCGGCCGCCCACCUGGACCCCGAGGAGCCCCCCAGCCCCGGGGGGGACGACGAGGACGCGCUGGUGCUGAGCUGCCCCCGCUUCUGCUGCGAGACCGGGGGGGAGCAGGAGGAGGGGCUGGCCCCCCCCCCGCGGCCCCCCCGGGCCGGCCACCUGCCCAACGCCGCCGUGGCCGUGCUGGAGGAGCCCCCGGCCGGCUCGCGGCCCCCCCACGCCAUCGAGCACAGCGAUGCGGGCGCCGACUACUACCGAAAGUAUUUCUACGGCAAGGAGCACCAGAACUUCCUGGGUGAGGACGAGCGGCUGGGGCCCGUGGCCGUGUCCCUGCGGCGGGAGGAGAAGGAGGGCCCAGCCCCCCAGUACCUGCACCGCAUCAUCCUGCGCACCAGCCAGCUGCGGGCACUGCGGGGCUCGGUGCUGGAGGAGGCGCUGCCCCCCAGCGCCCGCCCCCCCGGGUCCCGCGGGGUGCCCCCCCGCAAGCUGCUGGAGCACCUGGUGCCAGGGCUGGGGGUGCAGGCGCUGCGCCUGGCCGGACCCUCGCCCGCCGUGCCCGAGACCCUCCUCAAGCUGGACGAGCAGGGGCUGAGCUUCCAGCGCAAGGUGGGGGUGCUGUACUGCCGGGGGGGGCAGGCCUCGGAGGAGGAGAUGUACAACAACGAGGCGGCGGGGCCGGCCUUCGCCGAGUUCCUGGGGCUGCUGGGCACCCGCGUGCGCCUGCGCGGCUUCGCACACUACCGCGCGCAGCUCGACACCAAGACCGACUCGACGGGCACGCACUCGCUGUACACCACGUACCACGGCUACGAGGUGAUGUUCCACGUCAGCCCCAUGCUGCCCUUCCCCCCCCACCACCCCCCGCAGCUCCUGCGCAAGCGCCACAUCGGCAACGACAUCGUCACCAUCAUCUUCCAGGAGCCGGGGGCCCGGCCCUUCUCCCCCCGCGCCAUCCGCUCCCACUUCCAGCACGUCUUCAUCGUCGUGCGGGCGCACGAGCCCUGCACGCCCCGCACCUCCUACAGCGUGGCGGUGACGCGCUCGGAGGACACGCCGCUCUUCGGCCCCCCGCUCACCCCCGGGCAGCGCUUCCCGCGGGGCGCGGGGCUUCGCGACUUCCUGCUGGCCAAGGCCAUCAACGGGGAGAACGCAGCGGGCCGGGGGGGCCGCCUGGGGGCCAUGGCCGCCCGCACCCGCCACCAGUACCUGCAGGAGCUGGCGCGCGCCCACGCCACCGGCCCCCCGUUGGCCGCCCUCCCCAGGGGGCUCCCGGCGCUGGGGGGCCGGCGGCGAGCCGGGGGCGGCGGGGGCGCGGCGGGGGCGCUGGUGUGGGGGGCGCGGGCGCGAGCCCCCGGGGGUCCCGAGGUGCCGUGCCUGCUGGGGGUGGCGGCCGAGAGGCUGGUGCUGGCGGCCCCUGGCCCCGGGGUGCUGUUCAGCGCCGCGUGCCGCGACGUCCUGGGCUGGGCCUUCGCCGACGGCGGCCUCGAGCUCUUCUACGGGGCCGGGGACUGCGUGGGGCUCCGGCUGCCCCACGGCGCCGCCACGCAGGUGGUGGCCAGGCUGCAGGCGGUGACGCGGGGCUGCGAGGCUCGCGAGCUGGCCCUGCCCCGGGGGGCCGGGGGUCGCCUGGGGUUCCGGGUGGGGGGGGACGGGGUGGUGACGGCCGUGCAGCGCUUCUCCUUCGCCGAGACCGCCGGGCUGCGCCCCGGGGCCCGUCUGCUGCGCGUCGCCCGCCGCCCCCUGCCCACCCUGAGCCCCCGCCGGCUGCGCGCCCUCCUGCGCUGCCCCAAGGCCACCCUCACCCUGCUGCCCCCCGACCGCGACGGGCGGCCCCGGAG